AUGCCGCCCAAACCUGCGCUCACCGGCUCUUUUCUCGUGUCAACAGAUGCAGAAAAUGAGGUUGUCUGUCCGCUCUUCAACCAAGAUGGCUCGCAGUGCCGGAAAAGAUGCAUUGGAGAAAAACGCUACAGGUCGAUGCAAGAACACAUCCGACGCGCCCAUCCAGACCACUAUAUUCCAAAACUGCCCGCAACCGAGGAGAGUUUCCAAUUGAUGAUCAACACUCCCCCGUCACAACGUCCGCAAGUGCAGACUGGUGCCGCUCCGCUUCCUGGUCAAAGAGGCCCUUUCGAUACGAGUGAUAGCGCCUCUCUACUGGAACAUGCAGGAGCAGGAACAGGGCCUCUGGCCGUGCAGCCUCCGGCCGCAGCCAAUGCUGCUGUUGCCCUGACGCAAAUGCACAACUGGGACUCGGAUUUUGAUGUGUUCCCAGACUCAGACUACAAGCGCGACGUAUCGACGGGGCUCGAGUUACCAUCAUUACGUGCUGCCUUCCACGAAGAUACGCUUCCACCAUUUCAACCUUCCCGUACGCGCGAGCUGUUGCCCUCGAUUCUGCAGUCGCCGGGAAGCCGAUAUUCUUCUUUACCACCCAUCCAACGACGCGGCGAGCGACUCCCAAGACCGCGAAAGCCAUCUAUGGGGCAAAACGCGCGCAAAGGCAAACACGAACGCGGAAAAUCGAGGGACUUUUCGUCCAAGGAGUUUUCCCGACGAUUGAGUGUCGAAGGCCGCAAGGCAAUGUCUGCCGAACCACCUACGGCGGCGUGGGUUCAAGGCAAGAGAUGGGAAGAUCUGAUCGAGGCUGCCACGAGUGCCACAGACGCUGAUGAUGAUCGUGAUCUCACUCCCGUAAGUCAGACGACAUUUUUCGAUUGUCCUCUGUUUACCUGCUGCUGCCAAGAGAUCGAAAUUCUGUAG